AUGUAUUUCACUAUAUUUUCUCAUCUAUUUCUUUUCAGAAGAAAAGAUUAUGUAUUGUAUGAUGAACUGGUCGCAAAUAUCUGGUCAUCUCGUUUUGAUAUUAAUGAAGAUCCAAUUCAUCAUAUUUGUAUUCAUAGUACAAAUAUGAUAAAAAUAUCCAUUGAUAAUUUUCCAAAUGCUACUAAGCUUACACUUUGUGAAACAUUUGAAGUACCUCGUGAUUCAAUUAUCAUUGAUUUGAAUCAUCUUCUUCCAUUGAAACAAUUGACUAAACUAACUAUUGAAUGUCAUCAUUUUUCUUUUGAACAAUUAAUUGAACUUUUACAAUUUACACAUAAUAUUCAUGUAUUGAAGCUUGAUUCUAUAUUACUUUAUCGAACUGAUUCUGUUUCAAUUCAACAAAAUGAAUUAUCAAAAUUGGUAUCUAAUAUGAAUACUAUAACAAAGGUAACAAUUAGUAAAGAAAUUACGUUAGAAAAAAUUCAAUUACUUACUACUGUUUUUCCUCGAAUGGAAUAUCUUACUAUUAAUUUAUAUAAACAAGAUUUACAACCAAUAGCUCGAUUUUUAUUAUCAAAAUCUAAUAAUAACACUCGUUAUUUAUCCUCAUUGUGUAUUUCAAAGCAACGUAAUGAUCUGAUGACAAUAUUGAAAACUUUGAUUAAAUCAAAAAAACUUCUUCAUGAUUAUACUCUCAAAGUUAUUAAUCGAAAAUUGUAUUUAUGGUGGUAG